UAAUUAUCCUUACUGUAUUCACAGGUGACACCCAACUCUCGCAGUUAGUUAAGCUGCUGAUCAUUGAUGAGGUCCACUUGCUGCAUGGUGACCGAGGUCCUGUUUUGGAAAGUCUUGUGGCUCGCACCUUGCGCAUGGUGGAGUCUCAGCAGUCCAUGAUUAGAAUAGUGGGUCUCUCUGCUACUCUGCCAAACUACAUAGAUGUGGCUUCUUUUCUUAGAGUAAAUCCAUUCAAAGGUCUCUUCUACUUUGAUGGACGGUUCCGACCAGUGCCACUAGGCUUGACUUUUGUUGGAGUAAAAGCCAUAGGGAGGUUCAAGCAAAUGGAGGAUAUGGAUAAAGUCACUUUUGAUAAAUGUCUACACUUUUUGGAACGUGGUCACCAGGUAAUGGUCUUUGUUCAUGCCCGUAAUGGUACUUUACGUACUGCUGAAAAUUUGAUUAAGUUGGCUCAGGAGAUGGGCAAGACCCAAGACUUCCUUCCAGAUGAUGGACCAGAUGUUACCCGAGCUCGCAAAGACAUAGGCCGAUCAAGAAACAAAAAGCUGGCAGAGUUAUUUGAAUCUGGAUUUGGAGUUCAUCAUGCUGGUCUCUUAAGAGCUGACAGGUAUCAGUAUUGUUGGUAAAUGAUUAAUCCAACA